GACACGGUCUUACCCCGGGAUCCUUCUUCAGAAAUUCACAUUCUUCAUCGUCUACACCCAAGCACAUAGAAAACAGCCCCUGUGUCAGGGCACCCUUUUCCUCUGGCUGUGCUCUGUGGUGGGAAUUGACGAACACAACCCCAAAUCCAGAGGAAACAAACCUCCUUCCUCCUCUACCUCCGUGACCUGCUUUCCCAAAAUGCAGGGCCAUCCCCACAUGAUGUCAGUUCAGAAAUCACUUUCUCAUCAGGCCAAGGACUUUUCAAAGUUGCUGUGUUUUCCCUAUCGUUUCCUUCCUUCCUCCCCCCCCCCCCUUCACUUCCUGUUUUUUUCUUCCUCUUUCUCCACCCGCCUAGCCCGGCUCUCCAGCCUUGUCCCUUGUUGUCUGAGAACAGGAACAAAGCGCCAAGCGUAGAUAAUCAUGAUUUCCUGAUGGGCCCUCUCAGUGCCAGGGCCCAGGCGCAGCUUCUCUGGGACACAGGAGCCUCUGCUGGGAGCACAGCAGGAAGCAGGGCCUUGGAGCCUCCCGGCUGAAAGAGAAUCUAACAAGAAUAAUCUUUCAUGUCCUUACAACAAUUUAUAGUUUCCAAAGAACUUUCUCCCGCAUUCAAGCUAAAACACUGGAAAAAUAAGUAAGACAAGUCCUAGUGUUUGGCCUAAUAACUGAGGUCUACAGUAGAUGGGCAAAACAUAGAUGUGGGAGUUAGACAUGCAUUUAUUUCUGGUUCUGUGCCUUUUUUCCAUUAUGACUCUACGGAUCAUUGUAGUUCUCUGAAACUCGGUUCUCUCACCUCUUGAGAAAAUGGACUUCAGGGUACCUUGUGGGGAAUUUCUGAGGACAAAUCAGGAAAAUGUACUGUAAGAUUCACUUGGUAUGCCUGGUAGAUAUUAUUUACUUAAUAAACGUGAGAUCGCUUGUUGGGUUUUGGUUUUCUGCAAACAGGAGGGGCGGUUCAAAUCCAAAGUAGCCAGAAAAGCCACAUAAUAAAUGACGCCCAUGGGAGGAGGGACUGUAUCUGUUACUGUGUUUUCCUGAAACAUGGAGAGAGAGAGAAAGACAGAGAGACAGAGAGACCUACUGACUGGGCACAAAUCACUGAAAAACAAAGCCCACCCACUACCGUGCUCCUGAGGCUUCUAUUCCAUAACAAUAUUUUUCUAAUGGGAAACAGAACAAUCCCAACCACAUGCCUGAGGUAGACUGUUUCACUAAUUUAGCUCCCAGGGGCCAAACUACAAAAACAGCGAUCUGGAAAAAGUCCACCUCCCUUUUUGAAUACCUGUUUAAAAAAUUAAAUAAAAAAAUAAAUAAAUAAAAUAAAAUAAACAAACCCUUCCCAUUCAGGGUCAAUUGAGAAGUCAGCCGGACCAUGAAGCUCCUCUUUAAAAACAUUCUGAGAGAGUCAGAGACAUGUUCUAAUCUGAAUUCUCCAAGUUGCUGAAUCCUUGAAUGACACUGUUUUCUCUGAGCCUCAGUUUCCCCAGCUACAAAAUGAAAGCAUUAGAGAAGGCUAUUGCAUUGAUUUCUUCCAGCCCUGGUAAUCUGUGAUUCUGGUAUUCUCUCUGUUCUCCUUAAAAGAUGUCUUAUUUCUAGAGGAGAACAGGAAAUGGCCUCUCAAAAUAACAUGACUUGCAUUCCCUCUUAGCAGAUUGUCACUCACGUAAGGACAGAGAAGCCACGGGACUCCAGCGGGCACGGCCCUGACUUGGGAGCCAGACUUGCCGCGGCCAUCUUGUUCAGUGGGUUUGUCCCAUCAGCCUGGAUCGGUGAGCCUGAAUCACAAGACACAGUGCUGGCAAACCCGUAUUCCCUGAGUGGCCUGCUGUGGAUUCAAGCAUAAAGUCCUAGCUCCUGUCCUGGAGGUGCUCACCUUCUUGGAAGAGAGGCAGACAGGUUUGCUGGGAUGGGAAACCUGCUCAAAGUCCUUACCAGAGAAAUUGAAAACUAUCCACAUUUUUUCCUGGAUUUUGAAAAUGCCCAGCCCACGGAAGGAGAGAGGGAAAUAUGGAACCAGAUCAGCGCCGUCCUCCAGGAUUCUGAGAGCAUCCUCGCAGACCUGCAAGCUUACAAGGGCGCGGGGCCAGAGAUCCGAGAUGCGAUUCAAAAUCCCAACGACAUCCAGCUUCAAGAAAAAGCUUGGAAUGCAGUGUGUCCUCUGGUUGUGAGGCUAAAGAGAUUUUAUGAAUUUUCCAUAAGGCUAGAAAAAGCUCUUCAGAGUUUAUUAGAAUCUCUGACCUGUCCGCCCUACACACCGACCCAACACCUGGAGAGGGAGCAGGCCCUGGCGAAGGAGUUUGCGGAAAUUCUUCAUUUUACCCUUCGAUUUGAUGAGCUCAAGAUGAGGAACCCAGCCAUUCAGAAUGACUUCAGCUACUACAGAAGGACGAUAAGUCGCAACCGCAUCAACAACAUGCAUCUAGACAUUGAGAAUGAAGUCAAUAAUGAGAUGGCCAAUCGAAUGUCCCUCUUCUACGCAGAAGCCACGCCAAUGCUGAAAACCCUCAGCAACGCCACCAUGCACUUUGUCUCCGAAAACAAAACCCUGCCAAUAGAGAACACCACAGACUGCCUCAGUACGAUGACAAGUGUUUGUAAAGUCAUGCUGGAAACACCGGAGUACAGGAGUAGGUUUACAAGCGAAGAAACGCUGAUGUUCUGCAUGAGGGUGAUGGUGGGAGUAAUCAUCCUCUAUGACCACGUCCAUCCCGUGGGAGCUUUCUGCAAGACAUCCAAGAUCGAUAUGAAAGGCUGCAUAAAGGUUUUGAAGGAACAGGCCCCGGACAGUGUGGAGGGGCUGCUGAAUGCCCUCAGGUUCACUACAAAGCACUUGAAUGAUGAAUCGACUUCCAAACAGAUUCGAGCAAUGCUUCAGUAGAGCUCUGCUCAAAGAAGAGGAUCUAUGUACUGACCUCAGAAGAUGUAUAUGUUUACAUAAUUUAAUACAGAUUGAUGUUAAUACUUGUGUAUUUACAUAACCGUUUCCUCCUUGUCACUGAAAUACACGGACCUUAAUUUGUAUCCUGACUGACUCGACCCAGCAGAGCAUAAAUUGACUUGAGAGCCUUACCUUUGAUGUCUAAAACAAAACCCCCUUCUCCAAAGUCAAAAUUUGGAGAUUUCGAUCUUUACUACUGGAGUCCUUUAACUACACCUGUAACAAUCUGAAAUUCCUAAUAGUUUGUGGUAGUGUUUUAAAUCUAGAUGUGUAAUCUCUCUGGGAAGUAUACUUAUAGAAACACGAAGUAUUUGAUUUCCUGUGUCAGCUUGGCUACAAGAAACACAACUGUUAUCCUGACAGAGGGAGAGAGGAAUCCGAGAAAAGAAAAAUGCAUGUGAAGACACAGAUUCAAGUGUUUCGAAUUCAGCACGCCCCCUCUCUCUCCUCAGACUGCAGACCACAUGUGCAGCUUUUUUGUUUGCACGUAUUUAUUCUGGAUUUAUAUUCCUCUAACGUUCCCUUUUGAUCCUUCAAGAGGAAAAUCACCUGUGCUUGAAUCAGUUUGUGAGAGAGAAGUGAGAAUAGACAGAUGUGCUGUCAUAGCUGAGCUGUGAAAGUGGUUGUCUGGGAAGUGGGGGACGGAUUGGGAGGAAGGACACACAGGCAACAGGACAGUCACCUCUCCGCUUCAACCCUUUGGCUGUGAAACUGUAGUAAUUUUGAUGACAUUCCAGUUGUCUGUGGGGUGCUGGGUACACAGUCCCUCCUAAAAUGAGCCCUGUCCUCUGGGGACCAUCCAUAUGGCAACAGAGGCCUAGGGUACUUCAUUGAUUACCAGGAAACUGGGGAAUUCAGAGAGGGGAAUCCCUGCAUUUUCCAGUUCCCUAAUAUUUAAAAGGCAGCUCCUCCCUGACCACACUGCUGGCUGGUUGGAAUGUUUAAACCUUUGGUCUGAGUACCUGGGUUGAGUCCUAGCCUUACUGAUCCAUGGUGUGAGCUUUGAAAAUACACUUAAGCUCUGUGUCUCACUUUUCUCAUCUAUGAAAUGGGCAAUUAAAACAAUCUCCAAGAGCCCUACAAGGCAAUGAGCCAAUAAAAUGGCUGACUCUUACAUGCUUCCUUAGUAAACAGAGGCCAGGAAGCAUCACCCCAUCUUGUCUUGAUGAUUGAAUAUAUUUGAAUAUAUGGCAAGGCCUAGAGUCAUCCUUUCUGCAGAUCAGAGCUUGGAAUGGAAUCUUAGAAAUCUCCCGUCUCAACCUCCGGUACAGAAAUGAGACAAGGCUGAAGUCAAAGAGGAUCAACUCCAUGUAGGACUAGAACCCAGGAUACCUCACUCCUGAAUCUUCCCCUGUUCACCAUGUGGCCUAUGCAUACAUACUAUAAGAUGAGACUGGACACUUUUAAAUCAGCCUUAAGUCUGGUUUAUAUUAUUAUUUGCCUAUUUCUGAUAGAAGGAGAGAGUUGCCCAGUGAUUGAUAAUCCCAGAAAUUGGGCCUGGGUACAUCAGGGUUUCAUUCACCAUGUUCCAAGGAAUAACUUGUAGACACAAUUGAUUUCCAGACUUUAGUGUCCAGAUGGCAUUCUCUUGAGUCUUCCAAAAAAAAAAAAAGGGAAACAUACUUUUUUUAAAUUUUAUUUUAUUUUUAACAAUAACAACAAACCCAGUCAAGCGGCAGAAAAGAUUCUCUGGUUUAUAUCUACAUAUCAGUCAACAGAGAGAGAAAAGACCUUUUUCCUUGGAGCUUUUCAAGCUGAACAAGUACAGCUGCCUAGAUGGGGGGAUUCUCUCAUCAGAACAGAAAUGCACUUAGAUGGCCUUCACGACCUUUUCAAGCCUAGGGAUUUUAAUACCUUAGAGGAAGCCAGAAAAUGGGGUAACAAUGGAUGAACAAAUUCAUUGAUUAUUCAGCUUAAGAAAUCUUCUAUUUGGCAGCCACGUGUUAUCUUUGGGCAACAACUGUCAAGAAUUAUAGAGGCGCUCAAUGUUUAUCAUCAUGGAGUCCAUUUUUUUUCCUUUAUCGGGUGAGGAGCUUAAGUCUUGGAGAGAGGAAAGGACUUGCAGAGUAAAUAGUUGAGCAUAUUUAUAAUUUUUAAUUAGACUUUUUAUCAAGUGGGACCAAACAUAUGGGAGGGGCUGCUGGCCUGCCCCAGUUUAGCCAGGCUGCCUUGUUUCAAAGCUAAGAUUCACCCGUACAUGGAUUCUCAAAAGUCCAGGGCCUGAACUAUUGCCUAUGAUUAUCAGGAGGACAAGUUAAUUGAAUGUCUGUGAUCACUAAGAGGUGAUGGAUCUCCGGUCCACUCCAGAGCUACUGUGGGAGACAAAUUCUUUUAACAGACUGUCCUCCAGGCAUUAGGAGUCCUUAAACAAUCAUGAUUUUUUUUGUGUGCUGCAUGCACAUGUGUUCAAGAUCCAUGGGGUGGUUUAGGGGAAAGUGCUAGCCACAGUAUCCACGUCAAUGUUCAUUCUAUUUCAUAUUUGAUGUUUCAUAGUUUUCAAGUAAACAGUGUUUGCCAUUACUCAGAUAUUUAUUUUUGGGCAGGCAACAGGUGAAAAUUACAUUUCUCGGAUGCACUGCUGCUUUGGCAUCAUAACUAUGUUCGCAGAAAUUUUUCAUCCAUCACUAACAACCACUAAUAGAAAGCAAGUGGCAGUGAGUGUUUUGAAUUGUGGUAGCCCAUUAGGGCUGCAGUACUGAUUAACAACCAGAAAGAAAGUCUUGGAUACUAUCUCUUAACUGUUAGUUAAUAUCAUGCUUCAUCAUUUGCUUCUACUCAUCAUCAUUAUAUCAAGACAUUAAUGGUAAACUGAGGUUUUUAUACAUCAUCACAUUUAGGUUAAAAAAAAAAUCAUGCUUCCUCAAAAGAAAAAAGAAGCCUACCCAAUCUUGGAAUCCAACUGUGCAGCAGAAUUCAGAGAAUUCUUAUUCAAUCUUGUACCCAAACGGCAACAAACUUUUUAAAAAAAUAUUAACGAUAAAGAGUGGAAUUUUAUCCUAAAGAGACAAAAAUUUUGGAACCCAAUUUCCCCAUUACAUCUAUCAAGGCUGUUGCAUACACAAAGCUGUUUUAAAAUUGUCAUAUGUUGUUUGCUAAAGUCAUUGUGAUUUUUUUUC